CAGUAAAACAAUAAUAAUGCAAUUUCAUUAUUGCCCUUUGCUGACCCACCGGAUUUGUUUCACCGGACAGCGAUUCGUUCGUCAACAACGUUGACUACUCACCUCUCCCACUAGAUUGACCUCAUCUCCCACGUGUCCCCACCUACACCAUCCACUUGAAAAUCCCGCCCCAUGAUCGCAAACUACUGGCACAAAGGCGCGUGGAUAGCUAGAUCUGAUUGUUCAUUUAGGAAACAAAAAAAGGAAAAAGAAAAAGAAAAGGAAAGGACGUCUUUGUAAUUACAUCGAUUUGAAAAUCCUGUCGCAAGAAGUACGCACACAGGAAAGAAAAAUAGGGAGGGAAGCGUACGUGCUUGUUGAUGAAAAGCGAGUUCUCUCCGAUUGGGGGUCCGGCGUGAGAUCUUUUGGUUCACUAUUACUUUGAUCGGAAGAAAGAAUCGGUGGCGCGAUGGCGAGCUUGCAGUUGAUUAGAGAGAGCAGCGAGGCGGUGGAGAGGCAGAGCCAGAGCCCGAGGAGUCCCGAAGCCAAGCUCGGGAUGAAAGUGGAGGAUCUGUGGGACGUUCAAGAGCCGCAGCUCAGUCCUAGCGAGAAGCUCAAUGCUUGCUUCGAGAACAUUCCCGUCUCUGCGUUCCCUGCUUCUUCUUCUCGAGUGAUUGAGAUAAAAUCGGAUACGACGCUGGCAGAGGCGGUGAAGAUAUUGGGGGAGAACAAGAUUCUGAGCGCGCCGGUGGUGAACGUCGAUGCGCCGGAGGACGCUUCUUGGAUGGAUAGGUACAUCGGAAUCGUGGAGGUUGCCGGAAUCGUGGUUUGGAUUUUGCAGCAGUCAGAACCUCCGUCUCCUAGGAGUGCAAAUUCAGGAACCUCUGCUGCAUUGGCGGUGAAUGGAUUGACGAAUGCUGCUGGAGUUGGGAUCUUGGGGCCUGAAGAUGCUCAAGCAACGUCUGGAGACUUUUUUGAGGAUCUCACUUCGUCGGAAUACUACAAAAACACCAAGGUUAGAGACAUCUCGGGCUCAUUCCGAUGGGCACCGUUCCUGGCUUUGCAGAAGUCCAACUCCUUCUUGACGAUGCUGCUACUGCUUUCCAAGUACAAAAUGAAGAGCAUCCCAAUUGUUGAUCUGGGGGAUGGCAAGAUUGACAACAUCAUCACGCAAUCUGCUGUAAUUCACAUGUUAAACGAAUGUGCUGGGCUUCACUGGUUUGAGAGUUGGGGAGCCAAGACGGUUUCUGAACUUGGACUUCCCCUGGUCUCCCGCGAUCAGAUUAUCAAGGUAUAUGAGGAUGAACCAGUGCUCCAAGCGUUCAAGCUGAUGAGGAAAUUGAGAAUUGGUGGUGUUCCUGUUAUGGGAGGGGAUGGCAAGAAGCCAAUUGGCAACAUCAGUCUCAGAGAUGUUCAGUUCCUACUAAAUGCGCCAGAGAUUUACCACGAGUUCAGAUCUAUCACAGCCAAGAACUUUCUGUUGGCGGUGAGAAGCUACCUGAAGGAUCACGAGGAAGACACCCCAAUUGUGAGCGGGAUGAUAACAUGUAAAGGGAGCGACAACAUUAAAGACUUGAUUAUGAAGCUAGACACCAAGCAAAUCCACCGGUUAUACGUUGUGGAUGAUUCCGGGAAUCUGGAAGGAGUGAUCACCCUGAGAGACGUUAUCUCGAGGCUUGUACACGAACCCCGUGGAUACUUUGGGGAUUUCUUUGACGGAGUUCUGCCUCUCCCUGCUAACAGUAGAGUCUGAGGCAGCAACUCAAAAGUUGUUUGUUGUUCAUGCUUCUGGUGGCCAGGUCAGGUCAGCUCACACUUCCAACUGUGCUUGUUGGUUUGUUAACCAACCCUCUCAAUCACUCAAUGAUUGUAGCAAUAUAGGUCGGUUCUCCUGUAAGUAGUUCCCAGAACUCUUUCUUGACUGGUUGAGUUUUAUUUACCCUUUGUCAUGAAAACUGUAUGGUAAGUAUGUGGUGGUGGCUCCCCGCCCCUGUUGUAUGAACAGCGAAUAAUCAGAAUUCAGAACUGCUGAUUGGAAGUUGCAACAUCUCCGGUGAUCUAGAGUGGUGCUUUUCUGGGUUUGAGGAUUUGCGCUCGAUUUGGAUUCAAGUACUUGAACAUCGAUUGAUCAAUCUCCUGAGUCACAUCUUUUGUUGUUGUUGUUGUUGCUGCUGCUGCUGUUGUUGUUGUUGAGAAUGAUGUAGAAUCGCAUCUUGAUGGUGGGAUUGGAUUGGGGCGGACAGAAGCAACAUAUAGGCAGCAUCUGCAUACAUGCGUUGUUUCAGAAAAGAAUCCUUCCAUCCAUCCCAUAGCAGCCAAGCAAUGCUGUGGGUUUCUGCUCCAACGUCGAUACUAUUCUUGUCUUAGCUUGCGCAUCGAGCAACAGAGUUGCAGGCUGCUGCGGAUUGCUCAAAAGCACGAACAAGUUGUGGAGGAAAACUUUCCACAAUGGAUCGAAGACUGGCUUGGCUGGCCAAAAUGAUUCCAGAGAGGGAAUAGAACUGAGAUGUUGGCGAUUAUUCCAAAGGGGAAAAAGUCUUUAUGUUGUCGCCCAGACCCGAGCCUUGUCUUAUGGGAACUCAGGUGAGCGAACAGACAAAACCCUCCUUCCUCCACGGUGAUUCCAAUUUGCACUUCUUCCAGUCCCCUCCUUCCUGCCCGCCCAUUCACGACCUUCCUCAACGACGAAGAAAAAGUUGAAAUGGACGCAGGCACACACAACUAGUAUCCGGAUGAGCAAGGCUACUGCUCUGUUAGCCUUGGCCGCAACCGCGCAAUGCGCAUGUGGUUUGGUUUGUAUCCGGGUUAGCUGCCUCUGGUUUAAGAUGGACAAACAAAAUCCCGUCUCAACACUGAUAACAUUAUCAGGCAAACACAGCAGCACCCUAAUAAACACAACACUUCACUAAUAGGCCCUGCCUAAACAGAGGAAGGAUAUGCCACAAUGAUCCAGUGGCUACUAACACGAAAGAAGAACAACAAAGAAUCUACCGUAUCUAUGACUGGAUCUUAUUCACGUAUGCAAGGUAUACCUUAUCGACACACACACACACAGAACGAGAACUAACUUAUCAAACCUGCACGAUGUUUACAGUUCUAACAUAAUUCUCAACUGCAAAACUUCAGUCUUUAGGGGUGGGUUAUGUUGACAUGACAAGAGAAACACACUUCGCCAAUGGCACAGCAUCGUUUAUUGAGACGAAUCUGUUAACUUGGAUUCACAUACGCACUCAAACCACUGAGCUUCAUUCGUGACUAAGAACCAGCUGCAGUAUUGGCAAAAAUGAGAAUGGAUACUUAAGAGUCUAUAUUAAAUGUACAACAAACUUAAAAUACAGCAUUCAAAGACUG